AUGUUUGAUCCAAAUAAUACUUUGUUUUUUGAACGAGAUUUGGGGGCUGAUGAUUUAAAUGAAAAAUGGUGGCGGGCAAAUCCAGCCCCUUUUUGGUAUUCGGUUGGCAAAGCUGGAAUUGAUGUUCAUUGUUAUUGGUUUGCUACUUGUCAUAUGCCUUAUGUAGAUUUAGUUGUACAAGUUCCUUUGUCAAGACGUCAUAGUUUUAAAAAUGAUGAAGAACAUGAUUUAUAUUCAUAUAUUCCAAACAUAAUGAAAUAUAUUCAAAAAUAUCAGGUUUAUAGAAAACAGUUAGUACUUCUUCGAUAUGAUGGGUUAGGGAAGGCUUUGAGAACGCAUGGUGAGGACUCUGAACAAACGGUCCAAGAACUUUCUAAUUUUGACCAACAAGUACGGAAAAUUCAGGAGGAAAUGGAGACUUGGGAUUUAUUAAGAUCUACAAAUUUAAUUGUUUUAUCCGACCAUGGAUUGAUAAAAAGUGAAGAACAAAAUCAAUAUUAUAUUGAAGAGUGUAUUGCUGACAGUACAAAAGUUAAACAAAUAGCUAAUUCACUUGCUUUUGCAUUAAUUUGGCCAGAAGAGGAGGAAGAGGUUUUUUUGGAUAUUUUUUGAAGAAUAAAAAUUUUGAAGGAUACAAUUUUCUUCGAAUUAAAAUUUUGUGAUCAAUGGGCUAAUCUUGCAUCAGUUGAUUAUGAAGGUGAAACAAAAGAAGUAGAACCUUCUGUGGGAGUUUAUAGACAACAUGAAAUUCCGGAACGUUUCCAUUGGAAGGAUUCUCGAUUUGUUGCACCAAUUGUACUUAU